AUGGAAACCCUCAAAGCUGUCUUCUUUGGGCCUGACCCUGCAGCCCAGAUGAGGAAAUGCAACGCUCUCAUUCGCGCAAAUACCAGGCAACUCGAUCGUGAUCUCGCCCAUCUCAAAGCUCUCGAUAGCAAGACACGAGGACACAUCAUUGCUGCCUCCAAGCGAGCCCAGCGCAAUCCAUCCCAAGCAAAGCAAGCUAUAAGCGAGACCAAGACAUUUGCACGAGAGCUAGUUCGAAUUCGGAAACAAUCUUCUCGGCUCACGACAAGCCGAGCCCAAUUACAGAGUGUGGGCAUGCAGGUCAAUGAAGCAUUCUCCGUUCGCAAAAUCCAAGGCAGUCUUCAGAAAUCUACUGGCAUUAUGAAAGACGUGAAUACAUUGGUACGACUGCCUGAGCUGACAUCGACCAUGCACCAGCUCUCAACAGAACUAGUCAGGGCAGGCAUCAUUGAGGAGAUCGUUGACGAUGCCAUGCCUAACGAUGAGCUGUACGAAGGAGAGGACGACGAGGCAGAGGACGAAGUGGAUAAGAUCCUGCAGGAGAUCUUGUCUGGAAAGCUUUCUCAGCCUGCGGCUGUCAAACCUGCCGUAGAGCCCGUCGAGGCUACCCCCGUUGAAAGCGAGCCCGAAUUUGAGGACCAAGAAGCAACUCUGGAACAAAUGCGGGGUCGUCUGGAGGCACUCAAGAGCUAA